CCUCUUUAGAAGGCCUCGCUUGGCGUCAUUUGUUUUCUCCUUUUACUCGCCGGAUGCAAAGUUAAGAGGGCGCUGUGGUAAUAGAAUUCUGUGUUGGGCUUGCUUAUGGCGAACAUCGGGAUUUUUCGUGAAAUUUUCAAUCUAAACAUCCUUAUUUGCGUCCUAUUUUAUUUGUACAGGUUGUUGACUUAAAAGGUCUGAAAAUGGGGGGCACAAGGUUUAUGGUGCAAUGGGAAGAGCAUCCCUCACACCUUGCAACACGACUUGGACAACUUUUAGAACAUCAGACACUAGUUGAUGUCACAUUAAUGUGUAAUACACAUACCCUGCGAGUGCAUCGGGCGGUUUUAGCGGCAUGUAGUCCAUAUUUUGAGACAAUUUUACAACGUCAGCUUGGUAUGCAUCCAUUAAUUGUAUUGAAAGAUAUGCAGUUCUCUGUGUUAAAAUCUCUCAUAGAAUUCAUGUAUUGUGGUGAGACAAGUGUUACAGAAGAUAACCUUGGAGCAUUACUGCAGGCAGCAAAAUUCUUUCAGGUGAAAGGCUUGUCUGCCAUGACAAAGGAAGCUCUGGGAUUGGUUCCAAAUACAAAAUCAACUAUAAAUGGUGAUGCUGCCAGGAAAGCUUUUGUUGGAAGACCAAAGCGAGUGGGAAUGCAACAAACAUUUGUGACAAGUGGUUUGAAGACUGUACCAGCUUCACAUGCAUCUAGUUCUCACACUGGUGUUCCUCCAAAUGAAUUACCUUCUCUUCCUACCAAGACAACAUUUCAGACUAUUUCAAAAUCAAUAACAGUUAGGCCAGAUGCCCAACAGCAAACCGACACAGCCCAAUUAUUACUCUCUCUCUCAGGUAGCGAGUUUCCAAAACAAACAUUUCAUACCGUGAGUAAAAAUGUAAGAUUUCAGCAUAGUGUAUCUAGUAGUGCUGUGUCAGUUGAAUCACCACGAUCAAGCAGUGUGGAGGGUAAUGUUAAAACAAAAGAAGUUGUGGGGCGUAUCCCAGUAAUAACAUCCAAUGGAGGAAAAACUGCAGGAGCUGCAACUGCUGCAACUACAGCCACUUCAGUUGUGCAACAGGGUGUCCAGAUCGCUGAUCACACAACUGCAUCUGUGCGAGAGGACGUCCUUGUUGCAAAUCCUCAAUCUGUUUAUCUUGCAGAAGGGCAUCGAAGAAGAGGUCGGCCCGUGAAAAGGCAAAUGAACAUGCUUUUUCAAGAGAGGGUGAUGACAGAUGCUGAUGCUGCUCUGCACAAGGAAGCAGAGGCAAGUCGAAAAGCAUUAGAAAUGCUAAGACAGGAAAUGUCAUCAGAAACUAUAGAGUCGGGUGUCUCUGCAUCGUCCAGUGUGACUGUGCCUGUAACUCCCACUGCAGUUACUUCAUCUUCUGCCCCAUCUACUAUAUCUGUUACUAAUUCUGCACAAGUUAAUACAGCAGGUGAACAGGUACACAAAGGACUUGUAAAACAUGGAGUUCAGAGUAGUACCAAAAUGCAAAUACAGUCUGUACAAACUCCUGUUGCUACUACGUCACGUACUGUAACUGCUACUCAGAAUGUUUCCAGUCCUUUGACUGCAACAAAGAGAGUAAAUACUAAUAUGUAUAAAACAGUGACAAAUAAUUCUGCUUCCAACACUUCUGUGAAAAAAACCCUUCCAAAUUCAACAUUGCAAGCUACAGAUAACUCUACUAAUAAUGGUGUAAAUGCUGGUAAAGUGGAGGAAACUGAGAUUCCAUCACAGGUGUAUGAAUUUUCAAGCGAACCUGUUGAUGAACCACCCAAAGAGGAAAGUGUCGAAUAUCAGUACAGUACUGAGAAUGUUGAAGGUGAGUCUGAAAGUGGAGCAGCUGGUUCAGUUAUGAGUCAGUACAUGGAAGUUCUGAAAGAAGCCGGUCUUCCCACUGAUGUACCUAUAUUAUUAGAUAGUGGGGAUGGUUCAUAUGUUACGGUCAAUGAGGAAGUGUUGAUGAAAAUAGUUCAUGGUGGGGUACUGCAGUGUCAUGUAACAGAGGGCAAUUUUGUAGCUGGAGAAGGUGUGGAAUUUAUAGUGCAAGAAAUUACUGAAGAUGAAAUGGAAGCUGUGCAGGCUCAAGUACAGGAGCAGUCAGGAGAUAGUGCAGUAGUACCAAAAGAAAUAGAAAACAGUGUUGAUAUUGCUGCAAUUGAAAGUCAAGUAUGUGAAUCUGCUGAUAAACUUCCUGUAAGUGAGAAAACACAGGAUCCAGAAUGUUUAGAUUCUUUGAGUGAACAGGCAUUGUGUCAAGAAACUUUGCCGGGGAGUCUGACCGAGACUCAGAAUAUGGAUGAAAGUAGUGAGAUUUUACAAAGUGAUAUGUCCCAGCAGCAAGAAUCUCUUGAUCCAGCAAACGAGGCUGUUGAUGUUCAAAAUGAUGGAACUGUAGAACAGUGUGUUGUGGAUGAAACAGUUCAAAUUAGUAGUGAAACAAAAAUUGAUGAUGUUUUGGAAAUCAAAAGUGAAAGAGACUCAGAAUUUGAGGCAAAGUGUGCAAGUGAGCAGGGAACUUUUGAUAGCAGUGUUUGUUCAGCUGAGUUGCUGAAUAAUGAAAAUGAUCAUAAAAAUAUCAAAACUGAUGGCAGUAAUGAAAUGUCUGUUGAACAGGCUUUGCAAGCAAUGAUGGGUGAAUCUAGUGACACUGAAAUGGAACCAUGUGGUAAUAGUGAAAUACAAGGUGUGACAAAGGAUGAAAAUGUUACAUCUGGACUAGAAACAAUGUCUCAAACAAUGGAAGAAGAAGAAAAGUCUGAAGAUCUGCAUCUGGUAUUACGAUCUGAGGAAGGAACAGAAGAUUUACGUCUUGUUUUAAGUAAUGAUGCAGGAGAUUCAACUGAUGACAAUUCUAACUCCUAUGCUUUAGGGGGUACUGAAAGUAUUGCAAAUAAUUCUGUAGAUGCAGUGAAAGAUAAUGAACACCAGAUCAUUGAAGCUAAAGAACUUCCUAGUGAUAUAACUCAGGAAGUUGAAAUGGAGGUUUUACAGGAAAGCGUAAUUGAGACUCCAGAAAAUAAUGAGUAUGAAAGUGUUGUGGAGCAUAGUGGUGAAGUGAGUGAAUUGGAGCAUGUUGAACCAUUACAGGUGGAAUCCCUUUGUAAAGAAGAAUCAUCACCGUUUGGCUCUCAAUCCGAUGGGGAAGUCAACACUGUGCCGAAGCUGGAAGAGGAUUUGGAAGGAGGUGAAGGUAUUGAACAUACAGAGAGUGUUCCUGGCUGUGAAGUGUCUGGAGACAGCCAAGAAGUUUCACAGCUCACAUCCAGCACAAUGGAAUCUCCUGCAGUAGCUGUGUGUAACUCAGCAUCUGAGUAUUCCAAACCAAAAGGUGCCAUUAUUUCUCCAAGUAAAGAUAUUCCUUACGCUGUUGGUCUUUUACCAUUAAAAACUGCUCUAGAGAAACUUCAGGCAAUGCCAGAGUACCACCCUCGCAAAACACGUUCCUCUUCUACAGGUAAAGAAUCAACCCCAGACAUGCCUGCAGCAAGGGUCAAGAGAAAAGCAUCAUCAAGUGAUGGAGCUGACAAAAGAUUGAAAUUGAGUGCAGCAGAAGAAAGUGCUGUAGCAGAGCAAACUGUGGCACUGGAGCCAUAUGAUGGAGAUGCAUCAGUGGAAGUGGAGGCGCCUUGUAUUCCUGAAGAAAGGAAGGAGGAAACUGUAUUGUCCAUGCCCGAGUUAGUGACAGAGCCAACUGAAGGAUGAAUAAUAUUUCAACACCUAGUGGGUAAAGGUAAUUUUUUACUAUUUGAUUAUUUGAAUUUUAAGUUGUUUUUUUUAUGUUGAGGAUUAUACAGACAUGCCAGAUUGGCCUUAUUAUUGUAAUUUGCUAUUGACACAUUUGCAUUGCUAUGUGGAGGUUCAUGUUGGGUAGUCCAACAGGGGUGUGUUGCAUGUUAAAAUGCAAGUUACUUGACAGAUGGUUUUUUUAGUUGCAGAUCAAGUUUCUUUGGCCCAUUGGAACUUCCUGGUCUUUUACUGAAUGUUAAGUUGUACCCUCAUAUGUGUGUAAUAUCUUUGCAUGUUUUAUAAGUGCAUUGUCUCCAUAAUUGAUAACCUGUACUUUAGUUACGCACUCUGGGCACUUAGUGAAUUAGCUGAUAUAAUUGGACUAGAAUUUUAGUUCAUUGUGAAACUUCUGUUCACAAAAUUUGUAGUACAAGCUGCGAAUUAAAUUAAUAUGAAUAAUUUCAUUACAGUAAAUAUAAGCCUUUUGAAAUACUGUUUUCACUCAAUUUAUCAAAUUUUACUCUAUUCUGUGUCUUGCAUAUUUCUGUUUUUAAUGUUUUUUCCUUUGUAGAAAUAGAUGGUAAUUGUAAUUAAAUUUUAAUUCAAGUCCUCAAGCAUCAUAGGACAGAAGUAAACAUUAUUUAGUUUACAGAAACUGGUAAAAAAGCUUAUCCAAGUAUUGAAUUUUUUGGAUAAAAUCAACAAUGCUAAGGCAACAAAUCAGUGCUUUCUUUAAUAAAAUUUUAUUUCGUGAGGAUUAACAGGAAUGUCUUUUCUGGAAAGAAGUAGUGGUCACUUGUGUAACAUCACAGAUAUAACUAGUGGCUUUUUUUACAUUGCAGAAUUGUGAAAGAAAAUUUUAUAUUUUGAUCACAUAUGAGUGAAUUUUAAUUAUUACUGUGGUGGUUUAUUGGUUUCUUCUUUUGUACUCUUUGAAAUGUUCUUCAGAGGUUAUGACCUCUUGAAGUUAUUAUAUUCAAAACCUAUCACUGUGUAAGUAAAAAAAUGUUCCCAUUUUAGAAAGAAAGUGGUUAAUUGGAAGAGUCUGGUACAGCUUAAGGACGUCACUGAAACUGGCAGUUCACGCUGGUCAGGUGAAGGGGGGUAACCCAUGGAGGAGGAGAAAUUUGGAGAUUUUGACGGAAAUCUUUCAAUGGUCAGGGGUAGUGUGCAAGCACAUUGAACAUUGUGCAUAAUUGUAAUGAGCAGGAUGUGGCAGAUAUUAAUAAAAUAUAAAAAUUAAACUAUGGAAAUAAUUUUAAUGUUUAGUGAUUGGUCACUUUGUUGUUUCAAAAAGGGGUAAUUUAAUGUUCUAGUAUAUUGGCAGAACACGAUUACUAUUGUCUGGAGGUUGAAAGUGUUUAAAUUUUGCAAACUCAAUUUUAUUUUGUUUUGUAUGGUUGGAUGUCAGGGUAGCUGUCUAAGUGGUUAGCUAUGUUUCUGUCAAACAGUUAUGUUUCUUGCACUCUUCUUAUUCUUUGAGAUUGGUGUUUUUUAGAGUUGAGCGUUUGUACUAUAAUGGUGUGAAUAAAUGCGAUUGUUUAUGUAUUACACUGAAAGGAGUGCUUGACCAUAGUUAAAUGGAUCCAAAACUGAAUUAAUUACAACAGGGUUAGUGUGACCUGUGCUAGUGUGCUUUGAGGUUAGCUAAGUACAAGGAGUUGCAUGGUUUUGAGUGAAAGUGUAGUGAGAAAGUCAUCAGUCCUCAUACACCUAAGUUAUCUGUGUGAAAGGAUUAAUGAUUUGUUAGAUGCAUUCUGAAUGUGAUUUGGGUAUUAGUAAUGACCUUUCAUUUGGUCAUGAAGGUAGUGCGUGUUCUUGUAUGCGAUGGAAGUGCUUGCAAGUAGGAGAACUGACUGACUUGAUGAGUUUCUGUCAGCUGGCAAGUGUCUGAGUGCAGCUAGUAUUGAAAAUGAACUCAUUGGAGGCACAUGUGUGCAAGUGAAGAUAGAUGGGAGGAAGUUUGGUAAGUGCAAGUUUCUUGGCGAGAUGUGAUAGGGAAAUGAGUGUUGAUAUUGAGUGGAAGUCUCUUUCAAGGUCGUUAAAACGCACAUCACAGAUGAGCUUCUAGGUGUUAUUAGAUUUUUUAUCAUGCCGAGGUCCAUUGUGUUCUCUGAUUGUUGGAAGUCUUAGAAGGACCUAGAAUGAGGUUUUCAGCUUCUUGCUGUAAACCACUCUGUGUGUUAUGAGGACCCUGAAUCAGGAGGGCAUUAAAAUCAUACAGAAGGCAUGUGGAGAUCUAUGAAGCAGAGCCUCCCUUGGCGACAUGCAGCUGGCCAGUUGGACAGCUACUUGCAAAAUGUAUUUGGAGGUGCCUUCAAAUGGGGCAAGACUCCAUCAUAGAGAUUCUUGUCUUUCCUUGGGGGUGACCCCAACCUAAACAAACCUUGAAGAAAUCACACUUUGGUAAGUUUUAUAAAUUUCUCUCGCGCUUUUUGUGAUUUUAGGAGAACAUAGGAGGCACCCCCCUCCACUCUCCUCUUUUCCCCCUUUUCUCUCCAUUUGCCUCUGCCCCUUCCUCCACUCUCUUCUCUAAGGGUGUACCGGACUCUCUAAUUUAACCAAUAAAGUUUAUGAUGGCUUUAUUUGUGAAAUCAAAGUAAAAAGUUAUAAUUCACUUACUUGAAAAAAUAUUGUAGCAAUUGCUGGAAGUUACUUUAAAUAAAAGUGUUUUCUCUAUAGGUCUAGGAAUGUGUGCACUCAAAUAAUUUCAAUAGUUAAUUAUUCGGACACGUCUUAUAUAAGAACUUGCAUGAAUCUAUUGUAACACAUAUCUAUUUCUUGGAAUUUUUUAUUGUUUACAAUUUACACAUAUCCUAGGAAAAUUUUACUGCAUUGUAAAAUUUUGAAAUCCUUAGUAUUGUGCAAGUUUACAAUGAUUUAUACACACACUUGCUGUUUUAUAUUAUUUUAUCUCGACUGUAAUGAAUUUGUUGUAAAAGUGUCAUGAAAACUGUUUAUAUCUUGGCUUGUUGGGUGCAUUUGCAUCUUUGACAGUGUUUUUAUAUAUUUGAUCACAAAGGUAUUGUUUGGUGAUGCACACACUCUUGAACAUCUAUUCACAUUUUUCAUGGUAGCUCUCAUGGACAGUUAGUUGAACUAAAACUGGUUGAAAUGUGAGAAGUUGUAAGUACCAGCAAGUAAAAUGACUGACACUUGUAUAUCAAUUUUUGCACCAAAAAUUGUGUGAAAAAAAUAAUGCCAAAUUUGGUGUUUUGUGUCAGGACAUUCUCAUUUAGUUGUUUUAUUAGCAUUUUGAUAAGGGCUCGCGUCAAUCAAGUAGGAUCUAUGAAGUUAUUUUUUCACUUUUGCAGAUAGACAACCGAAGAACAAUGGGGAGUAAAGAAAUGUAAAUACAAGUUUUCUUGUCAAUAUAAAAUAUUGUUUUAAUAAAUAAGCAUGUAAAACAAUGUAUUUGAUCAGAGUAAAGGUAAACCUGCCAUAGAAAUGGAAAUGUGUAAGCCCUUCGUGUUAAUAUUUUUUGUAGAGAAAUUAUGUCAAGUACUUUGAAGUACUAGACGCAACAAAUGUAUAUAUGUUUACAUUUUUUUAUAAUAGUGUGUUGUAUGUGCAAAGUUGUUGCCAUUUAUAUUUUCUUUAUGUAAAGAACUACUUGAUAGUUUACAUUCUCAUGAAGUGUAUGGAUAUGUAAUAAUAACUUUUCUAUAAUGUAUUCUGAUAAAUUUCUUUCCAGAUAGUUGUAGCUGCCUGUGACUUCGAAUUAAUGCCAUCAGCUGAGGCAUAGUAACAUACUUCGAAUUGUCUACAAGGCUACUAUUAGUUUUUAAUUACUCAAGUAUGGGAUGAAAUUGAUUACAGCUUAAUUUUCUGUAUCAUUUCCUUUGUUCUGUACUGUACUUCUAAAUUUCAUGUGAUUUAGGUGGAUAAUUACCAUUUUAUUUAUUUUGAAAUUAUAAAUUGCCCUUGUGUAAAUGCAUCUCAUGACAUCCUGUUGUUCCUUUAAUCAUCAAACAGGACCAAAUAUGUACCAUUAUGUAUUCACUUGGUGACUAAUUUUGAAAUUAUUCUAGAGGCAUUGGAUAUGGAUGUCUAACCAUGUACAACAGUCUUCAAUAUUCAAAAACAUCAAACAAAAUAAAAAUUAGAAUUCACAAAUUGUCCUGUUAGCUAUUCUGAUUUGUAACUGUAAAUUACAAAUUUCUAUUUACUAAUGUGUUUUUAUAUUUGUAAGAGACCAAUUUCAGUUGGGUUCUUUACUAGAUGUUUUACUUCGAUUUAUAAUUCGGGUUUGUAGAUUAUUGUGGAAAAGAAAAUCAAGAUUGCAUUUUCUUGAGAAAAAUUAUUUUUCCUUCAGUAUUUAAAAUGUGUGGUGUAUAUUUUUUAUAUGUUGAGAUAUACAUUUGCAGGAAUUGUGAUGCAUAUGCACAUUUGCACUUAGUACAAAUGUUCAACAUUUGAUCCACACCUAAAAGGUGGUAGUAAUAAGGUUUGCAAAUCCAGGCAAGCACACUUACUGGUUUGAGUUUGUACACUUAUUUGUUUUGUAUAUGUUUAUGUUGACAGAUUUGCAUUAUAUCUGUAGUGAACCACAUGUAUUCUCCUGAAACUAUAUUAGACUUCCUGAGCUACAACUUUCUAAGUUUGUGUGCAUUCUAUUUCAGCAAGUACAAUGUGAUGUUCUUGUAUAUAUUUUGUAUAUCAGUGUGUUGAAGUUAUGUAGUAACUCACUGUUUAAUAAAGUUCUAUAUGAAAAUCUAAGCACGUUCAUAAAAAUGACUCCCCCCUCCCUUUGAUUUAUACUAUUAAAUUAUAGUUUAGGGAUCACUGAAAUGUGUAGUACUGAUUGACCUCAUUGUAGUUAAUUGUAUUCUCAUUCCUGUAUAUUGUAUUUAAUGAGAUAUUUCUAUAAAAGUGUUGUUGGUUAAUAAAAUGUUUGCUAAUAAAGGGAAAAUUUGGUUGGAA